UGCCUCGCUUCUCCCUGGGAUCGACAUUGUUCUUUUCCUUUGCUUCUCUAUUCACGCAACUUCUCGGGAUCAUAAAAAGGUUCCUUUUUUUUCUUUUAAUUGACUUCUUUUGUUCUUUGUUUUUUUUAAUUAUUAUUAUCUUGGUGGGUUGCUGGUGACGAUAACAGAAGAUCUGCGUAAUUCGCCUAAUGGUGAUUCCAACGGAAAUGGAAUUAGUCACCAGUCCCUUUCGCAGACUAAGACAAGAUAGAAACAACAGCCGAUUGUACACAACAAACCAGCCUUAUCCUAUUAGCACAUUAGCCUCAACUUCCAGCAGCCUAAUCUCUCUGUGCAAGAUGGAAGCUCCAGUAACCGACAUACCUUUGGCGGUAAAUGCAGCACAUAAUGGACACAUACAAAGGAACACGGGUGAAUCCUGCCCCCCACCUAAAACAAAUUACCUGACCGUUACUCAGUAUCUGCCUGAAGCCUUUGCUCAGCAAGGAAACAUGAAUGGAGCAUUUGAUUCAUCUAGCUGCCCCGAUGCACACAUCUAUUCAGUUGUUAAUAAUUAUGUAGAUGGAAACCAGCCAAUAAAACAUAGUGGCAUGCAUUUUGGUGAUGGCAAAAGAAAAGUGGACUAUGUACUUGCUUAUCAUUAUAGACACCGCUCUUCCAAUCAAAAUGGUUCCCCCGGGAGUCUAAGACCUCCAGCUGUCAUUGUGUCUAAUGGGAAUUCAAUAACUCCAGAAGAAGUUGGGAAAACACCCCAACAGUCUCUGCCUGGGGAUUUGCACCAUCAGAGCAAUCAGAAGGAGAACAUCCAUAAUCAUCAGAAACACAAGAAUAGUGACCACCCUCACUCUGAAAAUGGACAUCAGCCACAUCAUCCUGAUGGUGUUGUUGUAGUGGAAAUAAAUCAACAUGAUGCUCUUGAAGAAGAGAAGAAAAUUCAAAGGGAGGAGUUUGAGCAGAACCUUUUGGAAGCUGGCCUGGAGUUGGAAAAAGACCCUGAGACAAAAAGCCAAGGACUGAAUUUUGUCCGGAUUCACGCACCUUGGCCUGUACUAAGUCGCGAGGCUGAAUUUCUUAAAAUAAAGGUGCCCACCAAAAAGAUGUAUGAAGUAAAGCAAGACACCGGCAUCCUGAGAAAGUUAUGGAACAAAUGUACAAAGAUUUUACAGCCCAAAGUGCCACAACUAAGUGAAAAUACGAAGAUGAAACACUUAUCGUAUCCCUUUUCCAGAGACAAAAUGCAUUUGUACAACGUUAAAGACAAGGAAACAUUUUUUGACAAUGCAACACGGAGUCGAAUAGUAUAUGAGAUAUUAAAGAGAACUUCUUCUGUAAAGGCCAAAUACAGUAUGGGUAUUACCACAUUGAUAGCAAACAAUGUCUAUGACUCAGCAUACCCGCUUCAUGAUGGUGACUAUGACCACAACAAAAAUGAAACAAAUGAUCGAAUGCUGUUAUAUCGAGAAUGGGCAAGAUAUGGAGCCUUUUACAAAUAUCAACCUAUUGAUCUCAUAAGAAAAUAUUUUGGGGAAAAAAUUGGACUGUAUUUUGCGUGGCUGGGUCUGUAUACAUGGCUACUGAUUCCUGCCUCCCUAGUUGGGAUUAUAGUUUUUCUCUAUGGUUGCGCAACUAUUGAUGAGGACAUUCCCAGUCAGGAAAUGUGUGACCAGCAACAAGCCUUCAUAAUGUGCCCACUGUGUGACAAGGCAUGCGACUACUGGAAACUGAGCAGUGCUUGUUCUACAGCGCGUGCGAGUCACCUGUUCGAUAACCCUGCAACAGUCUUCUUCUCCGUGUUCAUGGCUCUCUGGGCAACCUUGUUCCUUGAGUACUGGAAACGUUUACAGAUGAAACUGAGUUACUUCUGGGACCUUACAGGAUUGGAAGAAGAAGAAGAGCAUCCAAGACCAGAAUAUGAGACAAAAUUGCUAUUAAAGAGAGAAAAAUCAAAAGGCAAUGGGAAGAAUGAGAAUAAAAAGGAAAAAUUAACCUGGCGAGACCGAAUUCCAGCGUAUCUAGUUAACUUUUCUGCCAUUUUGUUUAUGAUAGCAUUAACAUUUUCAGCAGUGUUUGGAGUGAUCAUAUAUCGAAUCACGACCGCCGCUGCCUUGGCAGUUAGUACAAGCGAAGUCACAAGGUUAAACGCUCGUGUCACUGUAACGGCCACUGCUGUUUUAAUUAAUCUGGUUGUCGUACUCAUACUGGAUGAGAUUUAUGGAUCCGUUGCUAAAUGGCUUACAGAAAUAGAGGUCCCAAAAACAGAAAAGACUUUUGAAGAAAGACUCAUUUUAAAGGCUUUCCUUUUGAAGUUUGUGAACUCAUAUGCUUCGAUAUUUUACGUUGCCUUUUUUAAAGGACGGUUUGUCGGACGGCCUGGAAGCUAUGCAUAUAUUUUCAAUGAUUACAGAAUGGAAGCGUGUGCACCGGGAGGCUGUCUAAUAGAACUGUGCAUUCAGCUUAGUAUUAUUAUGCUGGGGAAGCAACUAAUACAGAACAACUUGUUUGAGAUUGGAAUACCGAAGUUAAAGAAAUUGUACAGGAAGUUUAAAGACAAAAGACCAGAGCCUGGUGAAAACAAUUUAAACAGCUCUAAAGAACCUCAACAAUGGGUCCAUGACUAUGCACUUGAACCAUUUACUGGGCUGACACCAGAAUAUAUGGAAAUGAUUAUCCAGUUUGGUUUUGUAACUCUGUUUGUGGCAUCAUUUCCACUGGCCCCACUCUUUGCUCUCCUCAACAACAUAAUAGAAGUUAGACUGGAUGCAAAGAAAUUUGUGACGGAACUUCGGAGACCCGACGCUGUGCGAUCAAGGGAUAUAGGAAUUUGGUACAAUAUUUUAAGUGGAAUUGGCAAAUUUUCUGUGAUUAUAAAUGCAUUUGUAAUAUCUGUGACAUCCGACUUCAUUCCACGUCUUGUGUAUCAAUACAUGUACAGUGAAAACGGCACCAUGCAUGGUUUCCUCAAUCACACCCUUUCAUAUUUCAAUGUCAGCAAUCUAAAGCCCGGAACCCUACCAGAAAACUCCCAGUUGAAUGUUGAAAUUUGCAGAUAUAAAGAUUAUAGAGAACCUCCUUCUUCCCCAAAUCAGUACGAUUUUUCCAAGCAAUACUGGACAAUUUUAGCUGUACGACUGGCCUUUGUCAUCCUUUUUCAGAACCUGGUCAUGUUUUUAAGUGCCGUGGUGGACUGGCUGAUACCUGAUAUUCCAAAGGAUAUAAGCGAACAAAUAAAAAAAGAGAAAACUGUGCUGGUCAACGUAUUUCUAAAAGAAGAACAAAAAAAGCUUCAGCUCAUAGAAAACUUCUUGAUGCAUGACAAACAACGUAGCCACAGCGAAAAUAAAGGACAGCGAAGUCGAGCGGCAAGUUUCGGCCAUUUCAAUCGUAGUCAGCGCGGCAGUUUAUCGUCAUUCAGCUCACGCCACACCGAUGUGUGAUUUUCGUUUUCAGAGCAUAACAGAUGCGCAAGUAAUAUUUGCAGUUGAGGAACUGGAGAUGGGCAGACGUAUGGACAGAAGGAAUGGAACGAUGAAGAGGAAAACCCUCAGUUUUCCAUGUACACGUCUCCAAACCAUUUUAAGCAGGUUUUUGUAAUAUUUAAAGAGUCGUCUGGUGCAACACAUAGCUCAGACACAUUUCCGCACAACUAUGCACCACCUUCUGCUAUGCAUUUAACUGUUUAACUAGCGGGAGCUUGCAUCCAGUACACGCAAUAGGAAGCAGAGUAAGGCCGCAGGUCAUAUAAUGAUUAAAAGUCAAUAGAACUAGCCAAGCUCAUUAGUCUUAAUGAGCAAACGUCUUUAAAGUGUGUCACCCCCCAUUUCUAUACCGCGCACAUAAAAUAAGAGAGACUUCUGCUGCUGUGCUUUAAAACUGAGGUGAUAUCAACAAUUUUUUUUCAUUUUACUGAAGGGUGAAGAAACUGGAGCAUAAUUUUAUUGUGAACUUAAUUACAUUCAAUACUAAAUAUAUAUAUACAAAGAAACAACUGUAUUCAAUAAAAAGGGAAUGCAAAGUGCGUGUGUAUAAAUAUAACUGCAGAUAGCGUGCUCCCAGAAUGUUACGUUCACUUGGGUGCUCUUGAGAAUAUUAUUUGUGAACUUAUGUAGGAGAAGCAAAAAAAAAAAAAAAGAAAUUCCUCAGGGCUAAUUUUAUACAACCCCUUCUAAGAAACGUAAAUCAAAAGUUCAGAAACAUACCAAUCCAUAUCCAACUGAAAAAUUGUAAUUUAUGUUUCUGGACUGGAAUUUUUUGGAGAGUUUGUAUGGAGAGAUCCUAAAAUAAACAAUUUUUUUUCUUGAA